CAGUUUUGCUCUGUGAGAUAAAAUGCAAAAAAGGAAACACAGAGAACGAUCAACAUGUGAAGUCAUUUCCUGCAAAUUCCUGAAACACGUCAAGCUGUCAGUGUCUUAUAAAGACCCAGAGAGCUCAGUGGAGCAGAAGCAGCUUCUACCAGAGUAAAAGACUGGCUGGACUGUGGACUGCACAGAAUCGUCACUGGCUGGACAUUCAUUUCAGUUUAAGGCAAAUAACAGGUCAACAAUGAAGAUGCUGCUAGCAGCUGCAAUGAUUCACCUCAACCUCUUCCUCAUCCUCAUCCUCACUGUACACACGGCUCUGGCAGUAAGAAGUGGAAUUGCCCAAGAGCACAACAGGGCACGGCACCAAGCACCACCUGGAAGGGCUGUGAUCCACGAUAUAUGUGUAAUCGAAAUGGACGAAUAUCCAAACUCCAUUGAUGAUGAAUUUGAAAAAUGCCACGAACAAAUGUAUAAGAAGAUCACUGAUAAAAAUCCACAGCAGAAUUUACUGGAGAUUGAAUUGAGUCGCAAUGCAAACUUCAGUGCAGCUUGGAAUAAUGCCAAACAUGAACUUAAUUUAACAAACAAUGACAACUAUAAAUUAUCAAACGAUAAGUUGAGAGAAAUAGCCCUUCGUGCUUACACCAGAAACGAAAUUUAUCGGCAACUUAACUGUAAAAUGCGUACUGGUAAAGAAACCUACAAGACUGAUUUUGGGCUGAUUUCUUUACACUUUCUGAUAACAGAUGGCAUACAAAACCUUCCCAAAACAUGUACAAUCACUUACCGUACCAUGGAUGUCCCAGUUAUCAGAACAAGCCGCUUUGUGCGAUUUGGUAGUUUUGGUUCUUCUUCACACAAUCCCACAUUACAUUUUGGACGCGAGACUUGUUUUAUCAUCAAAACAUGCCACGGUGCAGAUAUAUCAAACGUAUCAGAGAUUCCAGCUGAGGCUGAAGUGCUGAUACCCCCAUAUGAAAAGUUUAAAUCAGAACGUGUAUUAAAUAUUCAAAAGGAAUUUAGAAAUCGAUAUUUUCCACCGAUAUUUUGUAGAUGUAAAUAUGUUUACAAGUUGGAGAGUGCAGGUACGAUGAGCAACAUGAAAUGUGAACUGGUUGGUAAGACAGAAAGAAAAAGGUUUUCUUUUUUUAAAAAACUAAAAAAGUUGUUUGGUCGAACAACUUAAGCACUGCUUGCCUGAUGAUUUAUGUUAUGAAACAAUCACUGGGUAGAAAUAUGUGAGCAAUGUAUGCACAAAGCUCUGCAGACCACUUAACAUACAAUAAUACAAUUGUAUCAUUCUUGUUGUGAGCCCUUCUUGACUGACUGAAGCUCUGAAAAAUAAAGAAUUGC